AUGAUAGUAGUCCGGAAUCAACUGCCUCUGCACCAUCUGCUUUGGCUCCUACAUCACCCAGACCCCGUAAAUAACAGUCUUCUACUAGCUCCUAGGUGCCAAACUAACCAAGUUCGUUGUUCAGCUCGCUCUCCACCGCGCAAGAGACUGCCUGAAACUUUUACAGAACGCAAUCUGACAGUGACCGCUUUGUGGGAUCUUAUAAAGCGAAGGCAGGUUGUACACAUCCGUGGCACCCCAGCUACAGGGAAGUCGACCCUGGCCCAUCUGCUCGCGAGACACGUAUCGAUUCUUGAACCAGGGUUGGAAGUAUAUCACCUGUGUUGGCCAGAAUCUUUUGACUACCUAUCCAAGUCAGCACCGUACAGUUAUCUUCUAAACAAUUUAGCGCGUCGCUCUCAGGACCGCGAUGAUUGGAUGGACAUUGAUGGACUGCUAAUAAUUGACGAGGCUCAGGCCUCUUACCGGUACUCUAGCCUGUGGAAUGACCUGAUCAAAUUUUUAGAGCCUGGGUUCGGUCUGAGAGUCGCGUUAUUCUCAUCUUACGGCUCGGCUUCUGCUCUUGUCCAAGAGGCAUCAACGUUAACUCCUCUGAAACUCAAUUCAAACCAGCGUAUCUCCCUCAAGCGUUCUGCAGAGCACCCGGAUUUGUGCCUCCUGCUAUCACAUGACGAAUUCCAUGAUCUCGUGUACCGCCGCUGCCAGUCGUAUGGCGAUUCCCAGCCGUUUCGUCCGUCCGCUGAGUUGAUUGAGCACCUCUUUGGAAUGACUCAGGGACAUGCAGCAGCAUCGGCUUGUGUUCUAGAAAUUCUAUCGGAGUCAAAGGAACUUAGAUGUUUUCGGAGACGUGCCCUACCGAUCCCCCUCGUGAACGCAAUCAAAUUCAUACAGACCGACAAGUUUCUUAAGGCAGCCUUGAAUUAUGCGAAGUUUGCCCGCGGUCUGGUAUCGGAAGAGGUACUCCAGAAAAUGCCAGAUCUGGUUAAAUUCUUACAGACUGCUGUUUCACAAAACUUUGUUUCAGGAGACCCAGCCCCUGGUACGCCCCUGGAGCUGUGUUACCGAAAUGGAUGGUUGCAGGCAGAACUGUCUAGUGAUGAUUCUACAGUUUAUGUCUUCGCCUCGCCGCUACACAGAAGAUGCACUGAAUUUCUCCUUCCUCAGCCAAGUGUACCGUUUCCGCGCUCACUAUAUCCCACACUCAAGGCGUUUUCAUUCUCCGUUCUUCAUAUGUUCAGCUCUGUUGCGCUGAAUAUCGAAGCACCCCUGAGCGACAGCGCUGUUUCACGACCCCUAGAAGCAGGUUAUCAAGACGAAUACUAUAGGGCAAGUUUUGAACUGCUUGGCAACCUUUACCUUAAAUCAGAAUGGGCCGGGACUCAGCAGACUGGCUGGGUAGACUUCGCGAUCCCAUCUGAAAAGUGGAUCGUAGAGUGUGUUCGGGAUGGAGACAAGCCCAAGGAGCACAUCGAGCGCUUUCAAACGACUGGGAAGUACAGACAGUGGAUAAGCAAUCAGGAGGUGCAGGAAUUCAUUCUCCUAGAUUUUAGACGAUCCAUCCCAAGAAAACAGAGAGGGAUUGACUGGCUUUUCCAUGUCGUCUUCGCUGAAGAUUUCUCCUCUUAUACGGUAUAUGACUCCGACUGCAAGGUUGUGCCGGGCGAAAGCCAGAUUGCUUUAUUGCGGUGA